AUGAAAAGCGUCAACAAAGGCCCUGUUGACCGCCUUAUGGUGUUCCAUAAUCAAAUACGUUAUCCAUCAACAAGUACUAACAGAAUGGCAACUACAUCGUCACAAUCAAAUCCACCGAUGUCAGUUCAUUAUUCAAGGAUGAACGUUCCGAAUUCUUGUCAGAAUUAUGCUGUCAACAAUCAACAAGUCUCGCCUAGUACUUCACAACAAUCAUCAAACUUUGUUACUUACAACAUUGACGUGAAAAAUUGUCAGCAAGCAAAACCAAAUCACAAUUAUAACUAUAACAAUGGCUACAACAAUCAUCCUUCGUCUUUGUCGCCACCUUCGGUCAGUUCUGAUCAUACAUCCAACGGUUCACCACAGAAUGAAUCAUCACAAUAUGAUUACAUCCCAAAUGGAUUAAUGCACAAUGGAUCACCGAACUACAGUUACAACCACCACGGUCCAAUGUGCAUCCCAACAAUGCGUUUACAUUCCAAAUGGAUAUGGUUAUACAAAUCAAUCACCACAAGGCUUUACUACUCCUAA